CGCAUGCCUAAAUCAUACUCUGACCUUGAGCCUGAGAGCAUUCUUCCCAGAAGUUGGAAACCCUAGCUGAGCUGUUAGGCGCUUUUCUUGUUCCCUUGGAGAUGUCAAUGCUGCAAACAGGGCUCGGUUGAGGUCAAACAGGCUGGCUUGGCAGCCAUGUUACCUGCAGAAGCCACCAUGCCCCGACUAGACGAAACGCAGUCUCCGCUUCCGUCUGUUCAUCUCCCCAAACAGAGUUCCGCUAGGGGCAACCAUGCCUUCCCAGAAAAUGGUGGCACAGGCCGACUGCCGCCUUCCAUGGCGCAUGCUUCACCUUCUUUGAGAGAGCAGGAUGCAGCACCUUUGCAUGCAAAGCUUCCAGUCUUGGGAGCGGCAAGUGUCUCCGGCACUGGGAAGAGACUGGCUAAUGCUCAGGCACCUCGCCAGCAUGCUACGGGGGGGUUUUCGGCGUCACAAGUCAGGGAGGGCGGUUCACCUAGUGCUGCUGCUGUUCAGUCAGACUCCCGAGCCAGAGUGGGGGGAGUGGCGGAGGGAAGGGCAGGUCUACAAGCUGGCUCCGCGAGCCUCAGGGAAAGUCAAACGCCUGGCAAGGCUGCAGAGCAAAGCGGAUACAGACUGUCAGACAGCAAUGGCGUUCGAGUUGAUGGGAAUGGGGCUGGUCCGAGUUCCAAUGGGGGGAACCCGGGGCCGAGCAAUGGCAUGGCAAAAGAUUACAGUGUUGGGGACAAGGUCGCCGCUCUUGCCAGCUUCGACCAAAGCUAUCAUAUGGCUGAAGUCAUCGAGCGGCGAAAACAUCGGAAGGGGGGCCAGUAUGAUUAUUAUAUACAUUAUCUUGAUCAAAAUAAGCGGCUGGACGAGUGGCUCCCUCCAAGCAAGGUUGAGCCCUGGACAGCGGCGGAGUUCAGUGGCAGGGGAACAGGCUUCGGCCUUUCUCCUCUAGCCACCCCCGGCACUCCGGGCUACUCUGCAGGGGACAAGGCGGAUCCUUUCACUCCGGGGGGGAGUGAUCGGAAGCUGACGCGGAAUCUGAAGCGGAAGUAUGAUGCAGAACACCAUGUCCAGAAGAGCGUUGAAGACCUCCCCCCAAUCGACCAAAGCUUGGAGAAAGCGCAUGAAGAGAAAACGAAGAUGAAGAACAUCCAGCAGAUUGUUGUUGGGAAGCACGCUAUAGAUACAUGGUACUACUCCCCCUACCCAGAUGACUACGCCUCCGAGCUAAAGCUGUACAUAUGCGAAUACUGCCUCAAAUACAUGCGCAAAGCAAAGACGCUCCAAGCGCACCUCCAGAAGUGCACGACGCACCGGCCCCCCGGCGAGGAGAUUUACCAUGCGGACUACCCAAUCUGGUCGAGGUUGCCGAAAGCGGAGGGCGAAAACGGGCGGCGGGAACGGAGCCCGGCACCCAUCGUGAAAAACAUGGUGACUCUUUCGAUGUAUGAAGUGGACGGGGUUAAGAACAAGGUCUACUGUCAAAACCUGUGUCUGCUGGCCAAGCUGUUCCUGGACCACAAGACGCUCUACUACGACGUCGACCCGUUCCUCUUCUACGUGCUCACCGAGUGCGACGAAGACGGACACCACAUAGUCGGCUACUUCUCGAAGGAGAAGCACUCAGCAGAGGAGUACAACCUGGCCUGCAUCAUGACGCUGCCUCCGUAUCAACGGAAUGGCUAUGGGCGCUUCCUGAUUGCCUUCUCAUACGAGCUUUCUCGAAAAGAGGGCAAGGUCGGCACGCCGGAGCGUCCGCUCUCAGACCUUGGGCAGGUCAGUUUCCGCAGCUACUGGAUGCGCGUCAUCCUGGAGAUCAUCAAGGAGCACCGCGCCAACAUUUCGGUCAAGGACAUCAGCGCGCUCACCGCCAUCAAGACCGAGGACAUCGUGGCGACCCUCCAGCCCCUCAACCUCAUCAAGUACUGGAAGGGCCAGCACAUCAUCUCCGCCACCGUCAAGUUGAUUGAUGAGCAUCUGAAGGCCAUCGACCACCAGCCUCUUCCAAAGAUUGAAUCUGCAAAGCUGACGUGGACACCUCCAGCCAGCCCAGCACUGAAGAAGCCACGAUAGGUUCCAUUUUUGGCUGGCUGUCUCCCUCCUGGAAGGUCACAUUCGAUCUGACAGCCUGAACGCAUCCUCUCCUAAUUUACUCCCUGGUAUGGUGCUGUCUGCUUCGCAACAGUUAUUUUGUGCAAGCAAUCUUUUGAUUGUAUCGGCAGUGACAUAAUAUUUGCGCAAGGAAUGCAUUGAUUCAU